CUCCGCUGCGCCGCCGGCGUCGGGCGGAAGAAGCGUGGGGGCCGGGCCCACGUGGUGGGGCUGCGGAAACCGGACAGUCGCCGCCGCCGUUGCCCCUGUCCUCCGUCGUCUACGAGGGGCUGUCUCGAGCUGAGCCUCCUACCGGGCCCGGGUCCCGAGAUAACUUGUAGCAAUGGCUGCUGUUUAUUCUGGCAUUUCCCUUAAGCUUAAAAGCAAGACAACUUCCUGGGAAGAUAAACUAAAACUAGCUCACUUUGCUUGGAUUUCUCAUCAGUGCUUUCUUCCAAAUAAAGAACAAGUAUUACUUGAUUGGGCAAGACAAUCAUUGGUUGCAUUUUAUAAGAAGAAACUUGAACUGAAGGAAGAUAUUGUUGAAAGGCUUUGGAUGUAUAUAGAUAACAUUUUACAUAGCAGAAAAUUGCAGAAUCUCCUCAAGAAUGGAAAGACCAUUAAUCUUCAGAUUUCCCUAGUCAAGAUCAUAAAUGAGAGAAUAGCUGAGUUCUCUCAUUCGGGAUCCCAAAGAAACAUCUGUGCUGUCCUUCGAUGCUGCCAGGGCAUCCUGUCAGCACCUGCCCUUGCUGUCAUCUACACGGCCAAACAGGAGCUGAUGGUGGCCUUGCUGAGCCACCUUUGCUGGUUGGCCUGCAGGCAGCCAGAAGGAGCCGUGGUAGCCCAGUUGUUUGAGGUCAUUCACCUGGCCCUUGGCCAUUACCUCUUGAUCCAGCAGCAGCAGGUCAACCCAAGACGUGCCUUUGGGGAUGUGACUGCUCACCUGCUCCAGCCAGGCCUGGUCCUGAGGCACUUACUCUCUGGGGGCACAUGGUCACAGGCUGGUCAGGGCCAGUUGAGGCAGGUCCUGAGCCGGGACAUCAGGAAUCAGAUUGAGGCCAUGCUCCGAAGAGGAGUUUUUCAGCCUGAGCUGCUGUCAUCCUAUAAGGAGGAGCUCUUGGACCAGCAGCAAGGGGAUACGAAGACAGGAGCCAUGAAGAACCUUCUGGCUCCCAUGGACACCGUGCUCACCAGGCUGGUCGAUGCUGGCUACUGUGCAACUUCCCUUCAUACCUCUGUUGUGGCCAACUCAGUGGCCUUGUUGUAUAAGCUCUUUCUAGAUUCUUACUUCGGGGAGGGAAACCAGCUUCUCUGCUUCCAGGUUCUCCCCAGGCUGUUUGGCUGCUUGAAGAUUUCACACCUGCAGGAGGAGCAGAGAAAAGCCCUGUCCACAUCAGAUUGGACCACAGAACUUUUGGUUGUGGAACAGCUACUAAACUCAGUGGCCAACAACAAUAUCUAUAACAUCGCUGCUGACAGGAUUCGGCACGAAGAGGUUCAGUUCCACUUUUACCGCCGUGUGGCUGAGCUGCUGAUAAACCAUGCACAAGCACCCAUACCGGCCUGGUUCCGCUGCCUGAAGACUUUGAUAUCACUGAAUCAUUUGAUUUUGGAGCCAGACCUGGAUGACUUGCUGGCUUCAGCUUGGAUUGAUGCAGAAGUAACAGAGUUUCGAACCAAGAAAGCCCAGGAAGCGCUUAUUCAUACUCUCUUCCAGACUUAUGCCAAACUCCGACAAGUGCCUCGGUUGUUUGAAGAGGUUUUGGGGGUGAUCUGUCGUCCAGCUGCUGAGGCACUGAGGCAGCCUAUGCUGGCCUCAGGCCCGUCCACGGUGCUCUGUGCAUGCCUCCUGGAGCUGCCUCUGAGUCAGAUCCUGGACACGUGGUCCCUUGUGUUGGAGAAGUUCCAGUCUUUAGUCUUGCCCUAUUUGGAGAGUGAUGCUGACAUGGCCCUGAAGUCACUGUCACUGAGCUCGCUGCUGCAUUGCAUCAUGUUCAACAUGAGGAGCCUGGAUAGCAGCACGCCCCUGCCCAUCAUCAGACGGACACAGUGCAUGAUGGAGAGGAUGCUGAGGGAGCUCGUGCAGCCCCUGCUGGCCCUUCUGGACCCCCCAGGCCCAGAGCUUGAGCUGUGGCUGCAGAAGGUCAGUGACUCUGCACUCCUGCUCGCUUACACCUGGGCCCAGGUGGAUGCUAUGUUCAGUUUGAACUGUAGCCAGUAUCACUCUAUGUCUGGGGCCCUUACGGGUGUUCCUCUGGAGAUCUCGGACCUCCCUUCAUUGCUCCCAGGUAUAGAAACACAGCAUUGGAAGAAGAUAGAGAAGUUUACAGCUCAGUUCAACUCUCUUGGUAGAUACUGCUUAGAACAGCUGUACCUGCAGAAAAUGAAAAGAACUUUAAUGCAAACUAGUUUCCGGUCUGAAGAAGCCCUCCGAAGUUUGAGAUGUGAUGCUGCCUUUAUUAUUGGUUCUGGCAGAAAAAACUUGAAUCAAAGAACGACAGCUUCCUGGGACAGCCAAGUAGGGACGGUGAGUGGACUCACGUACCCUGUAGCACACUGGCACUUGAUUGUGUCAAAUCUCACCAUUUUAAUAUCCUACCUGUGUCCAGAUGAUGUGAGAUACCUGGCCAGUGUCCUGCUGAGAACUUUACCAAUGGGCAGAGCCCAGGACGGCUCAAUAGAUGAAGAGCCAUACAUCACACUGCAAAAAAUAUCCAGAGCCAUCCUUAACAGCCCUCUCUUUCCAGAGAUGCAGUCCCUUCAUUCUGCUUUCUUAAUGUGUUUAGCCGCAAGAUGUUCCAGCAUUCUGUGUUCUGGUGCCCAGCGUGACUCAGGUCUUGUCAGUCAGCAGCUUCCCUGGCUUUUUGAAAAGGACCACAUGGUUGUGGCUCAUUGGGAAAAUAGAUUUGCAAAAAUUGGACCCGAAGGUAUAGAACCUCGAGGAGAAAUUGCCCAGAACUUACUAUCCCUGGUCAAGAGUGACUUCCCCAUCCAGCUGGAGGGAGAACAGUUGGAAAGCAUCCUGGGGUUUUUGGAAGUGAUGUCUACUUUACAACUGGACAGCCUCUUGCCGCCUUAUCAUGUGCAUUAUUUUCUUCUGUUACUGUCCAUGGCUGUCACCAAACUAGGAUGUUCUUGCUCCUCCUCACUGGCUCUCAAGUUCUUGAUGACUUGCUACCAGCUUCUUGGUUACCUGCAAAGAGGGAAAAGUGUUCGGUCUGUGUUCAAGAUCAUGUAUGUUAGUGAUAUUUUUGAGAUUGUACUGACCUCAUUGUUCAGAGCUAGUAGUAGAUUCCCUAUUGAGAUGGAUGAUCCCACUUGGCUGGAAUUCCUCCAAGUGAUAGGGACAUUCUUAGAGGAGCUAAUGCAGAUGCUCAUCCAAAUGAAGCUGAGCUUGGUGCUCAAUUUUAGAAAAAUCACCACGUUCCUCUCUAGUUCCAAACCACACAUGGAGGCAGCUUCUGGCAAACAGUUGGAAAAUCAGAACCCUCAGGGCAGGCAGCUCCUUCUGGUGUCUUUAACGAGGUUAUGCCAUGUGCUGGGACCUUUCCUCAAAGAGCAGAAGCUGGGCCAGGAGGCCCCGGCAGCUCUGUCUAAGCUGCUGCAGCAGGCCAUGCUGCAGACAGGAGCUGUGCUGCAACUCUGCUCCGUGCCAGGGGCCCAGGGCUGGUGCCUUCCUUUGGUCCUCAUCUCAUCUGUCAGCAUGCUCUUGGAAGCUGACCUGUGCCUGCACUGCAGGGGUGGAGAGGCCAACAUUUCCCAAGUAACCGACGGGACACUGCUCUCCCAUGCUGCCCUCUACCAGGGUGUUUACUCUCAGAUACUGUCGGAGUUGCCAGCUCUUGCAGGACAGGAUCAGUCUUUUCGGGCAGCCUUGCAGUUUUUGACUCUGUUCUUUUUGGCCCCAGAACUCCAUCCCAAAAAGGACUCCGUGUUUACCUCCAUGUUUCAUUCUGUGAGAAGAGUUCUUGCAGGUUCAAUCAAUUCUCCUGCUUCAGCCUCCUGAGUAGCUGGGAGUACAGAUGUGUGCCACCACACCCAGGUAAUUUUUGUAUUUUUAGUAGAGACGGGAUUUCACCAUGUUGGCUAGGAUGGUCUCAAUCCCUUGACCUUGUGAUCCACCCACCUCAGCUUCCCAAAGUGCUGGGAUUACAGGCAUGAGCCACAGGGCCCAGCCAAUAAAGUAAACUUUAAAUUAAAGAGUACAAAUUACUUAAUUUCUAAAGAGCCUUUUACAGUUUCUUGAGGGCAGGACUGUGCCUUCCUUAGUUCACCGCGCUGCCCCCCAGCCCCUCUCUUCCCCCAUCCCCCCCGCCCCUCUCCCCCAUAUUAGGAUGCUGCCAGGUGCAGGUGCUCAUUGGACCAAGGCUCACCUUCAAUGUCAUCAUAGUAUUUUAGUCUGAAGGCAGCCUUCCAGGCAGCAAACUAGGACCUCAUACACAGCCUAGAAGCAAACGAGCUCAUAUCUUCCUGCACAGAGUCGACCUUUACAGUCCCCUUGGUCAAAGGUUAAUGGGUUACUGUGCAGUCAUUAAAAUUAUAAUUGUGAAAACUCUUAUGAAGACAAGGGCUAGAAAUAUCUAGAAAAUGUUGUUAAGCAAAAAAAGUACAAUAUGAACUGUUAAAUAUGCCACAACUAUAUAAAAUAUGCAUGAAUGCAGACAAGGGCUAGAAAUGGAUGCAAACAUUAAAAUAAUCAUUGUAUUAACAUGUUGUGGUUAUUGCUAUUUUCUUUAUACCACUUUAAUGUUGCAUUUUAAUACAUCAAAAUACUUGUCUAUGGUUUAAUUAAACUUGCCAUAGCAGGGGAUAGACUAUAUUGUCUUUGGAGGCCCGUUUAGAGUUAGUUGAGGUUUUCCUGUAAAUAGAGUGAAAAGUGAUUAAGAUUUGUUAUCUUUAUUAGGGUAUACAAAUAAAAUACACUUUUAUUCCUCCCAAAAAACAAGCAAGCAAGAAGAGAUUUCUUGUGUUUUAGGAUAGCACACACCACAAUUGUGAGGGCCUUUUUUGUUUUGGUGGUAAUGAAAGGGUUGGGGUCAGGUCAGUCUUUUGAGGUGAGGUCUGGAAAUCAGGCACAUCUGAUCCUUGGAGCACAGGUUAACCUCUCUGUUUCUGGGUGGAGAAGCUGUGACGGAUGGGGCCAUGGGCCUGCCUUUCAGUACAUGAGGGUUAAAUGGGUUCUCGUGGAAAGUGAAGCCACCUGGUCUGCCUGUGCAAGCACCAGAACUGAAGUGCUGUGGCCCAAAUCACGCUCCUGAUGUCUCCCCUUCAGUACCUCUCUGUUUCUGGCGUGACUGUGGAUUAACUGAUAGGCUUCGAUAUUACAUUGUUCUGUCUUACCGUGUCAGCGACUCUUUUAGGGAACGGUAUUCACCUUCUUAAUGGGAGCUAAAAUCAAGUCUUUUAUUAAGCCUAGUUACAGUGUUCUAAAUGAAUGGCCCAAGAAACGGCAGCUGGUGGUCUGAAGCUCUGCCCUGUGCCCCUUAGUUAAACAGAAUACUUCGACCUCCUUUUCCUCUUUAACCCUGGUGAGGUGAGGCAAUCUCUCUGUCUCUCUUUUUUUUCUUUCCUUUUUUUGAGACAGAGUCUUGUUCUGUCACCCAGUCUGGAGUACAGUGGCAUGGUCUCUGCUCACUGCAUCCUCUGCCUCCUGGGUUCCAGCAGUUCUCCUGCCUUGACCUCAAGUAGCUGGGAUUAUAGGCAUGCACCACCACACCUGGCUAAUUUUUGUAUUUUUAGUAGAGAUGGGGUUUACCAUGUCAGCCAGAUUGGUCUCAAACUCCUGACUUCAGGUGAUCCACCUGCCUCAGCCUCCAAAAGUGCUGGGAUUACACGUUUGAGCCACCAUGGCUUGCUGAGUUGAGGCAAUCUUUAAGUCCUAACUGUAUGUCCCUGGACUUCUGGUAUCUUUUCCCCAGGGACAGAGCCCCUUGGUCACAGCGUGGGCAAGGUUGGGCCAGGCCAGCCUGCCACACUGCUGUGCCCUCAGCUCAUUGGCCUGGGGUGUUGUGUCCAGGCCUCUUCCACCUGAGCUGUUAGGCUCUGUCCAGGGAAGUGCCAGAGUUGUGAGUGCUGUGGAAGAAAUGUCAAGUGAGGAGUGGUCCAAGGCUUCAGGCAGGGAGAGAGGGAGUGUGAGGAGGGGCUGUGCAGGUGCCCCAGCCAUGGAGUUCUCCCUGUGUCCUCCUGGAGGGUGGUUCAGAGGUGAGCUUUUAUAAAAAUACCUCUGACAGUAGAACAGAGGACCUGAAUUCAGUUACAGAAACCAACACUUCUAAAAAUGCUUCUUGGCCGUGAGUGGUGGCUGGCAUCUAUAAUCCUGCACUUAGGGAGGCUGAGGCAAGAGAUCACUUGAGGCUGGGAGUUCGAGACCAACCUGGAAAAAAGCAAAACCCCAUCUCUUCAAAAAGUUAGCCAGGUGCGGUAGCAGGCACCUGUGGUCCCAGCUACUCUGGAGGCUGAGGCGAGAGGACCCCUUGAGUCCAAGAAGUCGAGGUUGCAGUGAGCCAUGACUGUGCCACUGCACUCCAGCCUGAGUGAUGGAGUGAGACCCUGUCUCCAGAAAAAAUUUUUAAAAAUUAAAAUGCUUGUAUCUUGCUCUGGAGGAGAGUGAGGUGUUGAUUUUGGCCUUUGUAAUUAAGUAAACAGACAGUCGCACCAAUCAUAGGGUAAAGGUGGAGGAGAUGCCAUAGAAUGAACCAGAGCGAUGGGACUCUGGGCGGAGAGGCCACAUACAGGCCUAGCCUGAGUGGCCCUUAAAAAAUAGUUAGGGCAGGUGGAAAUGGGAGCCUUUCAUGUGAGGGCACUAUGUUGUGAGCUCUGUGGCCUUUUUAAACUUGCCAGCCACAGGAGUUGGUGCUGUUAUGCCCACUUCACUGAUGAGGGUGUUGAGGCUACGGAAAGGAACCUCACUGAUGAGGGAGAUCAUGAGUCCGGGUUUUACAGCUUGUGGGAGACUCAGACCUAGAUCUCUACCUCUCAAAGCCUUUGGUCCCCUUUCCCCCAGUGUUGUAAACAGUAAGCAAAGACAGGAAAGCAGGAAGGUAUUCUGGCAAUGUGGAAUAGUCAGAUGGGGCUGAAGCGCUGGCUGGGAAGAUGACCUGGGGUCAGAUGAUAAAGGGCCUUGAGUGCCCUGGCUUUGGGCGUUAUUGUGAAACCGUGGGCCCAAGGACACUGGGGAUGAUGGAAAACAGCCGGGUGACUUCCUGACAGUCAUGCAGUCCUGAAAAGUGAGUCUCUUAAUCUUUUUAACUUUCCUGUCUGUUUAAAAUACCACCCAUUCUUGCGCCCCUACCAAUUUUAUAAAAGAAAUACAAAACAGAAAAAAAAAAUACAAUUGACCCUUGGACAACAUAGGAGUUAGGGCACCAACCCCUGGCACAGUAAAAAAAAAAAAAUCCAUGUAUAGCUUUCUGAAACAAUUCUAUUUAAAAAAUCACGUGUUACUUUUGACACUCCAAAAGUUAACCACUGAUAGCCUACUGCCGACCAGAAACCUUACCGAUAACAUGAGCAGUCGAGUACCACAUAUUUCACAUGUGCUUAUGUAUUCUUGAAAUCAAGUAAGCUAGAGAAAAGAAGAUGUUAUUAAGAAAAUCAUAAGAGAAAAUAUGUUUGCCAUUCAUUAAGUGAAGUAGAUUAUCAUCAAGGUCUCCAUCCUCUUCGUCUUCACAUUGCGUAAGUUGAGGAGGAGGAAGGAGAGAGGUUGGUCUUGCUGUCUCGGGGGUGGCAGAGGCCAAAGAAAACCCAUGUAUAAGUGGAUCCAUGCAGUUCAAACGUCGUUCAAGGGUCAACAGCACAAAGUAAUAGCCACCUGUCUUCUGUGGUUCGGAGCUUACCUCCUGAGCAUGGCUGUCGUCUUCUGUGUUUGUGUGUAUACACACUGCACGGGUACAGCUGUGUGAGAGCAUGGCGUCACGCUAAAUACCUGUACCUGCUUUUUCCACCAGUGCUUGUGCACGGGUACAGCUGUGUGAGAGCAUGGCGUCACGCUAAAUACCUGCACCUGCUUUUUCCACCAGUGCUUGUGCACGGGUACAGCUGUGUGAGAGCAUGGCGUCACGCUAAAUACCUGCACCUGCUUUUUCCACCAGUGCUUGUGCACGGGUACAGCUGUGUGAGAGCAUGGCGUCACGCUAAAUACCUGUACCUGCUUUUUCCACCAGUGCUUGUGCACGGGUACAGCUGUGUGAGAGCAUGGCGUCACGCUAAAUACCUGUACCUGCUUUUUCCACCAGUGCUUGUAUUACCACGUCCCUGACUUGGUGAUGUUUGAUGGCUGCCACAGCUGUGCACGAUUUCAUCCUGUGGCUACUUGGUAAUUUAUUUCACCUGUCUGUCUGUCACAUCUUAACAGGUUUGGUUUCUUUCCCACACAGAUCCUGACAUUCCUGUUCAGGUCACUCAGGAUAUUGAGCCUCAUUUGGGAGCCUUGUUCACCCA